UGGCGUCGUACGAAGUCAAAUAUUCAAGCGGUAAACUUACGCGCUGCGCCCUGUGUGCCCUAAUAGAGAAAAACUACGUGAUUGAACGUGAACGAUUUGUGGGUUUGACUUCUUGUUAUUGAUAAUAUGCCGUAUCAUUGUUCUGUGCCGUAUUGCCGUGGUAAUUAUGACGCUGGCCCAAAAGUUACAGUAUUUCAAUUUCCGAAGGGUGAAACGUUGAGGAGGAAAUGGUUAUCAAGUAUUGGUCGGGUUAACUUUGCUCCUUCUCCAAGUUCUAAGGUAUGCCAUGUUCACUUUAAAAAGGAAGAUGUUAUUUGGGAAACACGAAUUUGUGAUGAAAGGACAGGCCAGGUAUUAGUUGCCCCCCUCAAAAAACCGCGCUUGAGGCUGGGUGCAGUUCCACUGUUAUUCCCAAACUGUCCUCCUCACCUCUCAAAAGAAGAGAGCAGACAUGAAGGACCAGCAGAGAAAAAUCUGGGGCUCGAAAGUGAACAUCUAGAAGCAGCAUUACAAAAAGGCUUUGAUGAUUUUAGCUUCAGUUCUUCGGAACAGUUACCAUUACAUAACAAGGAAGUGGAAUUGCCCUGUGAAUUGAGGCCAGUUGAGACAAAGAGCACCUUGAGGGGAAGUGUGCAAGGUCGCACCUCCCGUCAAUUUGACCACACUUACGCUCGGCCUAUUCCUUCCAAAUCGAUGACAGAUUUUGAAGAUGUUGCGGAUCUUAAUCAAAGUCGGACAGCUGGAAGACACCAAAUUGUAGCUGAAGCACCCAACGGAAAAGUCUCUCACUGUGGAAGCCGUGUGGUGCCAAGUUGUUUCACAAAGCAGAAGAACAACAGUACUGCCUCCGCCAGUGAGUCCGGAGUCCCGAGAAGGGUCAGUGGCUUCUGCAACGGCAUCGGCUCCUCGCCUCGGCCUGGCCGACCUCUCGGCCCUCCACUGCCCCAGAGUCCGUCCUCCCGCCAGUAUAAAUGUGCAGUGUUCCAGUGUGAUACUAAUGCCCGAAAGGUGCCGGGUGUCGUGUGGCAUUCUUUUCCCAAAGACGAGUACUUGAGGUGUGAGUGGAUUGCCAGGUGCAAACGUAUAGGCAGAGUGAAUGUGAAAGGUGGGGGAGUCUGCUCGCUUCAUUUUCGGCCGGAGGACUAUGUACGAGAUUUGAGAAACGAACUUCUCAGAUUACCCUCGAGAAAGAAAUUAGUACCGACUGCAAUUCCCAGCCUGAACAUUCCGAGUUGGAAUGAAGGUGAAAUUAAGAAGCGCAAGAAUCAGAGAAAGAUUCCCGAAAGAUGGAAGUCGGAAAGCUCUGUGGGAGAAUGCCGUGAGGAGGGGGAGAAUGCCGUGAGGAGGAAGAAUUGGCUUGCGUCUAAAUGGAGCACUAUAUGUUCUCAGCAUUUUCGAGAAGAUGACAUUGACCGAACUUCCCUUUCAACAGUAAGGCUUCGAGAAAAUGCUGUACCAUCAGUUUUCCCUACACACCCAAAACAUUUGCAAAAGAAAGGAGGACGAAUCAGAAAGAAGCUACGUCAGCGUGAUGACGAUGACAACAACGUGGACACUGCUGCACACCAAAUACCAGUGAACCAUCAGGAUGUGGUCAUAAAAAACGAAGUUGUUGUGAAGCGAGAAGUCGAGUCUGAUCCUGACGACGUGUUGGGCGAGGACGGAAAACAGGAAUUUGAGUAUGUGACAGUCGAGGAACAAUUAGAAGACCGUGACGAACCCACGCGUUCAGCAACUGAAGAGCCAUGUGAACAAGUGGGUCAUGAUCAGGAGCUGCCAGUUAUCAUCAAAGAAGAAAUUGACUGUGACGAUUACAUCGAUCCGUUCGGCAUUUCGGGAGAGUCAUGUGAACAAGAGGGUCAUGAUCAGGAGCUGCCAGUUAUCAUCAAAGAAGAAAUUGACUGUGACGAUUACAUCGAUCCAUUCAGCGUUUCGAAGAGGUGAACUGGCAGUAGGGAGUGAUAGCCUGUCUACCACAAGACGGAUGAACUGAACGAGUUAGAAGAGGCAGGCAACAAACAGUUCUGCAGCUAUACGAAGAAGACGGCUCACCGUGACGUGAAGACAGGUAGCAGUGACAGUCCAGACGACGACACGUACUGUUGUUGAGUGUCUGCACCAGAAUGUCGUGAGUCACAAAAAUAUGAAACUCGGACAUUACACUCUGGAGAUGGAAAGCAUGUUUGUAACGUGUAGGAAGUACAAUUUUGGUUGUCCUGAAUCCUACACUGCUUCGAUCGUAAUGGGGCACGUACAGUGUUACACGCAUCUGAGGUUACGUGCAGAAUGCCAUUUGUAUUGUGAGAAAUCAAUAUGCAGUUGGCUACAGAAGGCUGCAGUGUCGGAGUCGGGUUGUUGGCGUAGAGUAUGGGACAGCGCCUGCUCGUGCGAGAUGUGUGAGAUGGCAUUUGGAUUGUCUUUAAUCAUGUGACACUCUGUACUAAAUUCAGAGCGCUCUUUUGUAUGUGCUAUAAAAGAAUCCACACUCUGUGUGUGACAAGAUUUUUGUUGUGGUAUGUAAUACAUAGUACGACUUGCGUAGUAAGAUUUGUUAGAGACCAAUUUCUGCUGUGGAGCUUCCGUUUUUUGAGUUUAAUGUGACAGAAUAAAAGCUGAGGUUAAUGACACUAAUGUACAAAGAAUUAAAUUCUACUACACAAGUGACAUUGUGAAUUGCAUACCGUUCUCUGACCACUUGGUGUUGCUCUGUGCAACUGUGGCAAAUAUUACCAAACUGUUGCUUGCACCUGGUUGAAUGACUUUACUUAUGUGAAGAGACGGGAUAUUGCUGUAUUGCUGUAUGAGAAGAGUGUAAGCUACUGAAGACUAUAAGGACUAACUUUAGCUCUGUUAUUGUGUUUCUUAAAUUUGUUAUAUUAUUAAGUAUUUAUUUUUUACUAAUCAAAUGCAGUUUUUGGCAAUUCAGAAUUUAGUUUUGGAAGGAAAUGGAGCAGAUUGUGUGCUUGGUCAAAUUUGCUGGGCUCAAUCCAGUCUUUGUGUUCCCCCUAAAGUUUUUACCUUUGUAGCUCCCUCUAGUACCAUAGAAGGUAUUUGCCAAUGUCUUUACUUAACUUGUUGAAAGACAAAAUUUUGCCAAGGUUAGAGCUAAAAUGAAAAUGAUGAGUGUUUGCUUUUAAACAUAAUCCUCAUCAUCUCUGAAUUUUUGAAACCAACAGCUUUAUUAUAUACAGGGUGUUUCAAUAAAUGUGUUUGCCUCUGUAAGUUAUGAAGUAAUAGGCGAUGGAAAUAUUUAUUGCGGUAGGUCACCAUAAGAAACGUUACACUGUCAGCGGAGCUAUGAACAUAGUUUAUUGUAUAAUUAUCCAAAGAGUUACAGUAAAAAGAUACAACUUUUUUAAAUGGAA